AUGGGUCGAUUGUCGAUCUGCAGGGCUUGUUUUCGCGUCUGCACAGUGAGUGAGUUCCUCGUGGGCGUCUCUACAAACACGCCCCGGCAGUAUCGGGAUCCAAAGAGCCAGGCAUUCGUCGAUGCCUUCGACUUCGCCCAGCGCUGUCAGAUCGAUCGAGCAUGGAUGGGGGCACCGCUGCCCCUGUAUUACAAUCCGAAGUUGGAAAGCGCUGUCUUCCUCCACGAAUUGGCAAAGCAGACACAAGAUCCAGCUGAGCUGCGCGAUCAGAUUCUCUGUGUUCUUCUCGCAGGCAGAGAUAUCACCGCCAGUCUGUUGAGUAAUGUAUUCUACCAACUAUCCCGUCGAAAAGACAUUCUCUCUCGACUGCGUGGUAAAAUCGCCAAGCUAGACGGCAUCAGACAUUCUUAUGUGCAACUGAAGCAGAUGAAAUAUCCCCAUGCCUUCAUCAACGAAGACGACUACCCCCAAGAUCUCCAAGAUAUCGCGCCGGCAAAGAUGAUUCCACUGUGGGAGCAAAAACUUCCGGAUAUGGCAUCUGGUUUUGCUGGUUUCACAGCGUUGCUGAUAAUGCUAAACCCACAAACCCCCAGCAUGACCUCCGGCUACUCGGGCAGCGAGAGCGUAAUCUACCUCGAAACACCACUCAAUUCAACCGGCAACGCGCUCAACAUCAGCGAAUACGCAGAAAAGGCACACUCGCGCGGCGUGCUUUAUCGGUGGACUCCCUCACUCGCGUCACCCCACUUAGAAGACCAAUUUGCGUGUGGGGUGGAUAUCUGUAUCCGGGGUGGAAGGAGGAUUCAUCUUGGGUCUGUGAUGGGAGUUUGGAGAGAUGGUUGGGGGUGAGGGUUGAGAGGCAGGCAGCGUCAGCUGGUGAACUGGCGAGGUUGUUGACUGGUAUUGCCAAUAGUGAUGGUGAAAAGAUGUCGCCAGCCACCUUGAGCAUGGAAUUCUGUCGGCAGGGAUAAUUCAGACUGGAUCACUUCGUAGAUGCUGCAUGUUGUGUGACUGUGUUUGCGAUUAUCAUGAAGACAGGAAUCAGCGAAA